CACAACCGCCGUGCCUGAGUCGCGAGAGAGAGAGCGCACGGGGGAGAGCGAACGAGAGGGGCUGACUUUCUAGGGUUUUUUGUUUGGGGAAAUCGAAUUGAACCGGAGGAGUGAGGUCAGUGAGCGCGUGAUCUGAACGUAAUUUGAUUCUCUUCUUUGAAGGCAACGACGAUGGUGAGUUUGAUUUGGAAUUCGAUGAUGUAUGUGUGUGAGAAAGAGGUGUGCUCUCUGUGUGCAGGCGCGGUCGAGUGUGAGAGGUGUAGAGGAGAGUGUGUUGUGGUGAGAGAGGCCCGCGAGUGCCCCGAGCGCCGAGAGGGCUUUCUUGAAUCUUGAGUGUUAGGGUUCGCCGGCGCCGUUCCUUCUUCUCCGAUUCUCCUCCUCAUGGAUCGCAAGCUCGUGGUUCUGGGUAUCCCGUGGGAGGUUGAUUCCGAUGGCUUGAGAGAAUACAUGAGCAGGUUUGGUGAAUUGGAGGAUUGUAUUGUCAUGAAGGAGCGCUCAACUGGUCGAUCUCGCGGUUUUGGAUAUGUGACUUUUACAUUGGCUGAAGAUGCUAAGAGUGCAUUAUCCAGCGAGCACAUUCUUGGCAAUAGAACACUGGAAGUGAAAGUGGCUACGCCAAAGGAGGAGAUGAGAGCCCCUCCAAAAAAAGUUACCAGAAUAUUUGUUGCUAGGAUCCCACCGUCUGUAACCGAGUCAACCUUCCGGAGUCACUUUGAGAAAUAUGGUGAGAUAUCGGACUUAUAUAUGCCGAAGGACUAUGCUUCAAAAACACACCGUGGAAUUGGUUUUAUUACUUAUGCAAGUGCAGACUCAGUGGACAAUUUAAUGGCUGAAUCUCAUGAGCUUGGAGGGUCCACAGUUGUCGUUGAUCGUGCAACCCCGAAGGAAGAGGACUUUCGACCAAUAGGCAGAAUGGCUCAGGGAUCAGGAGGCAGAAUGGCACAGGGUGGAUAUGGUGCAUAUAAUGCUUAUAUAUCAGCUGCUACUAGAUAUGCGGCUGCUGGUGCCCCAACCUUAUAUGAUCAUCCAGGCUCAAGUUAUGAAAGAGGUGAAUAUGCUAGAGGAAUGGGGAAAAAAAUAUUUGUUGGCAGGCUUCCUCAGGAAGCGAGUGCAGAAGAUCUUCGGCGGUAUUUUGGUAGAUUUGGGUCGAUACUGGAUGUUUAUGUUCCCAAGGACCCUAGGAGAUCAGGACAUAGAGGUUUUGGCUUUGUAACUUUUGCGGAAGAUGGAGUAGCUGAUCGCGUUUCUCGCAGACCGCAUGAGAUUUGUGGACAUCAGGUAGCAAUAGAUUCGGCAACCCCCGUUGAUGAUCCUGCUGCUGGAGGAAGUUUAAUGAUGAGUGGUGCCGAACCCUUUGGAGGCUAUGGUGGUCCAAUACGUUCCUACAGCAGGAUGUAUGGAAGCCUGGAUUUUGAUGAUAUGCAGUGGGGUUAUGCUUAUGGUGGCGUGAGACCAUCAAGAGCUGAUAGCAGGUAUAGGCCAUAUUAGGGACGUGGUGAUUUUCGCAUUUCCUGAUUGACAACGUCGAGGAUGCUGACUAUAUGAAGUGGCAUUGCUCCGUUGAGGCAUAAGCUAGGUUAACAGACGGUUCAAGAUGAUGCCUAGGCACAUUGGUGGGCAGUAUUAUGAUGGUCGUAAUGAAUUCUUUUUCUCCUUAUUGGAAUAUUUUUUUGUUCUUUAAUGUGUAUUAGAGAUAGGAAGUUUUCCAGAUUACUUUGGAGCCUUAAUGGUUAUGUUGAUCAAGAUCUAUAUCCAAACCAGAGAGUUACAAGUGGAA